AUGCCCUCUUCAAUCCCUAUCAAACAACCGGAACACCGCGAUGAAUCAGUCAAGCUCAAGAUAGUCAUCGUCGGCGCCGGUCUAGGCGGCCUCGGCUGCGCAAUCGCCUGCCUCCUAGCAGGUCACUCCGUCCAUGUCCUCGAGUCCGCCUCGGAACUCGGCGAAGUAGGCGCUGGUAUCCAGGUCCUACCCAAUAGCUCUCGCGUCCUGAUCUCAUGGGGUCUGGAAAAGGCUCUGGAGCCACACAUGACCCAGCCGCGAAAUCUCCAUUUCAAUGGCUGGAAGGGGAAUCGCCUCACAACCAUGGACUUCCACGAGACUGCUGAGAAGAAGUAUCCCGGGACGUGGUUUGGUGAUUUCCACCGCGCCGAUCUGCAUAGGUGCUUGUACGAUCGUGUCCUGGAGUUGGGCGGUAUCGUCUCGUGUAAUUCGAGGGUGGUCGAUCUCAGAAUCAAUGACAAGGACGGCGACGCCGCCACAGCCACAGCUGUCAUGGGAGACGGGAGGGAAAUCACCGCCGAUCUGAUUGUUGCUGCCGACGGCGUGUUUAGCGGGUUGAGAGAUUUAAUGCUGGGCCGACAUGAUCCUCCUGUGAAGACGGGCGAUCUUGCCUACCGUGUUCUACUGGAUACCAAGGAGAUGCUGAAGGAUCCAGAUCUGGCAGAAUUUGUGCGUGAGCCACAGGUGAAUUAUUGGCUUGGGCCCGGCGCUCAUGCCGUCAACUACGUGUUGAGGAGGGGACAGUUGUUCAACAUGGUUCUGCUGGUGCCCGAUGAUAUUCCCGACGGAGGGAAAUCUACCGUCGAUGGGGAUGUGGAAGAGAUGUGUUCUUUAGUCAAGGGUUGGGAUAUCAGAGUCCAGAAGGUCCUUCGUUUAUGCAAAUCCGUUCAAAAAUGGAAGCUCUGCAUCCGACUUGGAAUGGAUCAAUGGUAUCACCCAUCUGGUGCAUGGACCAUGCUCGGUGAUGCCGUACAUGCCACCCUGCCAUAUCUCGCGUCAGGCGCCGGUAUGACUUUCGAAGAUGGCGCUGUCUUGGGUGAAUGCCUCUCUCGUCUUCCCAAGACCAAUACCUCAGGAACUUCCAAUCCGAAAUCCACGCCAUCUUUCCUAGCACAAAAGCGGCAUGCCCUUGCUGUAUAUCAAGCCUGCCGGGAAAAGCGCACUCAGAUGAUCGUCGAGAGGGGCAACAGGCAACAGUACCUAUACCACCUUCACGACGGAGAGGAGCAGGAAGAGCGUGACCACAAGUUGCGCAUGGUACCACCGCCAGCGGGAGAAGCUCUCGCUUGGAGAGAUUCGGACUUGGCUCCCAUCUUGUUGGGAUACAAUCAUCUUGACGAUGUUAAUGCCCAUUGGAAUAUAUCGAGCGACUCGGCAAACCCCCAGAGCGCUGGGGAAGCUUCUGAGGGCGUUCAGUCAAGAUUAUAG